UGACUUUGUUUACAAUAAAUAACCUCGUCAAUCGACUGCCCACAAGCCAACAAAGACUUCCGUGUGAUAAAACGUACAUUUCGUGCUCAAACUCACCUGUAAAACACGGCUACCGAUCUAAAACGCUCUCCAAAAUGAUGAACCAAAUGGGCAUGAUGAUGCAGCAGCAAGGUGUCGGUGUACCCGGCGGUCCGGGUGGUGUCGGUGGCGUUGGUAUGCCCGGACCGGGAGGAGUCGGUGUAGCACCCGGGAUGAUGCAGUCGCCUCAGAUGCAGCAAGCCCAGCAGCAGCAAGUGCAGCAGCAACAAGUCCAGCAACAGCAGGUGCAACAACAGCAAGUACAGCAGCAACAGCAGCAAGUUCAGCAACAGCAGCAGCAGCAACAGCAGCACAGCCAAUCCGCCCAGCAGCAAGCACAGCAAACCGAGAAGGUGGACAACAUUUCCAAAGUGAAGGUUCUGGUCGGACCGCUUCGCGACGCCCUGUCUACUACGAUCAAAACAGCUGCCCAGCUCAUCCAGCAAAACACACUGGCCGACGCAGGAUCGAAAACGGUAGACCUGAACAAUGCGCCUCGGUUUGAUAAGCAUUUGGAGGAGUUUUAUUCGAUUUGUGACCAAAUCGAGCUGAAUUUGAAAACGACCAAACUGUGUAUGCAGCAGUGUACCUCGUCGCAGCAGUAUCUUCCCAUUCCGGUGGCCACGAGUCAGCCGCCACUGCCGGAAACGAACGCACUCACGUACAAUCAGUACCUGGAGGUGGUGAAGCUGCAGAUCGGCUACGCGAAGGACAUCCACGAUACGCUUAUAUGCGCCGCGCAAAACAUUUCCCCCAGCGAAUGAUAGCCCAAGCGUGGCAUUACGGUGGUAAGAGAAGGAUAAUGGUUUACUUUAUUUGUUCUUUAUGGCAUACAUAGAGGAAUGAGCGCAUGAGCGAGAAUGGUGGAGAGGAAGGGUCCAGUUCGUUUUUCCUCCGCACGGUCCAGUCUGGUUUCGUGGUAGCGGUCUUAACGAUCGUCUAAGAAAUAAAAUUAAGCUUACACAACUAUA